GAAUCAAAAAGUUAUUCAUAAGCUUUAGAAGAGCCGUUGCUUGAUGCCAUUUAUAUUUAUGCGAAAUAAUAUUUUCCAAGAUUUGACCCUUGAGGUACACCAAGUGAUACUCAGGAAGGAUUUGAUACAAAACCAUUUAUUCAGUUGUUUAGUGUUGUUACUUACUUCUACCAUUGGACAGUAUUGAAUUGUACGGGAUGCAUUGAUACGGUCCCCAGGAGCAAAUCGUUAUGAUUAUCGACAUUACAGGAAUCACAUUUCAUGCAAUUAGAGCACGUCGAUUUAGUAAUCGGAAGAGGGACAAUAUACAAAUACAAUAUAUGAAUAUACAAUACACUUUCUUCAUCCUAGAUGAUACACACAGUACAAUGGAUUUUUGAGACAAUUUUUAUUUUAUUGUUGUGUAAUUUCAAAUGCUGACACGGUUUUGAUAUAAUUUAAUAUAAUUGUACAACUAUAAUAUACUACUAUAAUGUUAAAUAUCACUGGUAUGAAGAAACAUUUUAAAGCAUGUUGCAUAGUUCUUCUAGGAAUAUACAUAUCUAAGACACUGCUCAGCUACAUCCAAAGUAAUACAGUGAGAAUAUCACCUAGCCCUGCUAGAUCAAACACCAAACAUGUUGACAACGCGAGCAAUGGAAAUCGAUAUUUAGAAAAACCAAGAAAUCUACUAAUAACAAGCCUCUCAAGAAACCUAAGUACAAGCCUAUGCAACAAAUCUAAGGUGAGGUCGAAGUCUAUGUUCACUGGUAAUAUGUUGAUAGACGAGACUCAUAAAUUGCUUUAUUGUUUUGUGCCAAAAGUUGGUUGUACAACAUGGAGGAAAAUUUUUGCAGUUUUGUCAGAUGAAGCCAUCAGAAAUAAAACCAAUGGAAAUCCUGAAAAUAUAGAUGAAGAUCCACACUACGGCUUGCAUUUUAAAACUAUGAAAGAUUACAAUAGUUCACAACAGGAAGUCAUUAUCAAAUCAUAUUAUAAGUUCAUGUUCGUUAGGGAACCAUUUGAGAGAUUAAUUUCGGCCUAUAUUGAUAAGUUCUAUGUCCCAGAACCCGAUGGAUUCUGGAAGGCGUGGGGGAAACUGAUCAUCAAUAAAUACCGUGUCAAUGCAAGUGUUGCGUCAAAAAGCUGCGGACAUGAUGUGUCGUUUGAUGAGUUUCUUUCACAUUCGUUCUCCAAAAUUGAGCAGUCAGAUAUAAGUGGAGGUAACACACAUUGGACAUCAAUUCAACAGAUCUGCAAUCCAUGUGGCAUAAACUACGACUAUAUUGGCCAUAUGGAAACAAUGAAGAGAGACACUGAACUGAUACUGGAACAAGCGAAUGUUAGUCAUUUAAUCACCCAGCAUAAAGCAGGCAUCAGUAAAAUAAAACAAAACCUACACUUCAGUGAAAAAGCAUUGGUAGAAUCUGCAAAUUGCUUGAAUACUACAGAUGCCAUACAACGCAUUAUCAAUACACUAACGUACAAAGGGUUUUUACCAUUUAAUUCUACAAUCUCAGAAUAUAUAAAAAAUCUUAAGCUGAAUAGCACGAGUAUAGAUGUUAAACGAAGAAAUGAAUACAUGAUAAAACAAUUUAGCUCUAAAUUGGAUGAUAUUUUAUCAAAAGCAUGGGAAAAUAAGCUUAAAUCCAACGCAUCAGCACAAGAUUCUUUCAAAGAAAAUUGCCUUGCAAGGCUUAAGAAAUCUAACAUUAUAAGAAAGAUUAGUUCUGAAAAGAUAAAGAGAUUUUUGGAAUACUAUUAUCUAGAUUUCGAAUUAUUUGGGUACAACUCAUCAAUCUACUCAUGAAUUAAAUUAAUCAUACAUCGUAUUCCAAUAUAUGGGCCUAGCAAAUAUAUUGACCUAGCCAAUGUAUGGACCAAGCCAAAGGGCAGCUGAAGACGCAUUUAGGUAAUCAACUGAUCAAAAAACAAAUGACCAUCGCAUAGUGUACAGCUAUGAAAGAAAAUAAUGGAUGUCUAACAACUGCUCUAGCUUAAAAUAUAUAUCACCAGUAUAAUAUGAAUAAAAGAAACUCAACUGAAGGGAUUUCAAUGUUAAACCGGGUGUAAAGAUUCAUCAUUCAAAGUAGUUACCGGGUGUGCGAAAAAAGUAACCAAAACAAAUCAUAAUAACUUAGUCAUCCAGUAUGGGUUUUAAAUCAUUUUGGCACAAUUGAACCCUGCCCAGUGUUCUUUCAAUCCACCAAGUUUCAUUGGUUUUCCCAAAUGGCCAAGAUUUUAUGACCAUUUUACAAAAGAUGCUCAAAAUGUUGGUCUUUUCUUACAAAGAAAAUUGACUCAUAAGGCUUAAGAAAUCUAACAUUAUAAGAAAGAUUAGUUUUGAUUAGUUACUAGUUUUAAUAUCACUGUAAUUAGUAUAUCUAUGUGUAUGUUGGCAUUUGUGCCAUUCAGUUCAUUGGUUGUCCAGUUUCAAUAUUGAUUCAAAAAUGAGUCAAUGUUUUUAGUUGAUACUCGUUGCGCAAGUAGGUCCAUGUGUUUCUUUUCUUUGCAAAAAAUAAUCCUUUGAUUUUUCUUGGUUAAGUAAUUUACAAAGGUACAGAAAUUUUAUAUAUCUACGCUUGUAGAAUACUUUUAACCUCUGACGACUGGAUGUAUGUACUUGAGCCAAGAAAUGAUAACUGUGAGAGUCCUCAUAAGCAUGUAAAUUAAAAAUUGGACAAAACAAUAUUGUUUGUUGGUGUUGGAUGUAAGUUAUAUCAUACGAUUAUAUUAUUCGUAUACAAAUAAAAUAAUAAAAAAAGUUCUCCCUGAAUUAGUCCAGGAGAAAAUCAAGAAACAAUGUUCUUAUGUACACUAAAAAUUGUUUUUUCAAAUCAUUGAGUACAAUUAAGAAAUAUCUUAAAUUAAGCUUGACAUUAAUUUUCAUUUAUUCAGUCUGAUAUAUUGGUGAUAAAGUUGAAUGUUUCUCUUGGAUGGUAACUUAGCAUCAAAUGUUGCUUUCUGAACAUAUUCUGUAUAUUCAUCC